AUUUGCUUAACCCGUAACGCUGUCGCUGUUCUUUCCCCUGUUAGUGACGGGAUGCUUCCAAAUGGCCACUUUGAGCUUGGUCCAAAACCGUCGAACAUCAAGAGGACCGUGAUCAUCGGGAAAUAUUCGUUGCCCAAAUGGGAAAUCAAGGGCAUAGUUGAGUUCAUCUCGGGUGGUCCGCAACCAGGUGGGUUCUACUUUGCGGUUCCUCGUGGGACUCAUGCCGCAAGGCUUGGGAAUGAAGCGUCCAUAGCACAGUAUGUUAACCUCGAGGUCGGUUCAACCUACUCUCUCACGUUUUCGGCUACGAGAACUUGUGCUCAAGACGAGAAGCUCAUCGUAUUUGCUGGCGGCAACUCGGGUGAGCUUCCGAUCCAAACGUUGUACAGUACAGAUGGAGGAGACACUUACGCAUACGCUUUUAAGGCAACUCGAAACAUAACCAAGAUCACGUUUCAUAAUCCUGGUAUCCAAGAGGACCCCACUUGUGGGCCCCUCUUGGAUGCCAUCGCAAUCAAAAAGAUGGCUCCAUUGAGAUAUUCUGCAGGAAAUUUUGUGAAAAAUGGUAACUUCGAGAUCGGCCCAUACGUCUUCAAGAACUACUCGACAGGAGUCCUCCUCCUCCCUAAAAUACACGACAUAGUAUCCCCACUCCCCGGCUGGAUCGUGGAAUCGCUCAAACCAGUUAAAUACGUCGACUCAAAGCACUUCUCAGUACCCUCGGGGCUAUCUGCCAUUGAGUUGGUUGGAGGCCGAGAAACAGCCAUCGCACAAAUUAUACGAACCGUUCCCAACAAGUUCUACAAGCUAACAUUCGUUAUAGGAGACGCUAAGAACGGUUGCCACGGGUCGAUGAUGGUUGAGGCCUUUGCCGCUAGAGAAACCCUAAAGUUGAGACUCAAUUCUCAAGGAAAGGGUGACUUUAAAACCGGAACUCUUAAAUUUAAAGCGAUUUCGACCAGGACACGACUCACGUUUUACAGCGCGUUUUAUCACACGAAGCUUCACGACUACGGUCAUUUCUGCGGGCCCGUGUUAGAUGAUGUUAAGGUUUGGUAUUACUAGGGUACGAGGUAUAUUUGGUCCUUGAAAUAAUCAAGAUUGUAACAAAACAUAUACUACAAAUUUAGUAGAUUGUGCAUGGAUUGCAUGUCUCUAGGCUUGAGUUUCA